AUGGAUCUUGAUCCAAUGAUAAAUACUUCACAAGAUGAGAAUAAUUAUUCCGACUAUGAUAAUCGACCUAUUCGACCAAUGGAUCAAGAUGCCCUUAAUGAAGCACUUGCACGUUUACCGAUUCUUAUUGAUGAAGAUGAUUCAACAAGAAAUUCAGACUCGAAUACAAGUAUAAAAUUACGACGACAACCAGUACUUGCAUAUUCAACAAGACGUAAAAAUUUUUCCGGUGUUAAUAUCAAUCAAACAGUAUUAAAUGUAACUGAAACACCAACAAAUAAUAAACGUAAAUUAGGUGGAUGUACACCAACAAAUAAAUUUAUUAAACAAAUCGAUGCUCGUCAAGAUUUAAUGAAUCUAAAAGAAGAAAAUAAAAUUUUAGAAGAAUCACAUGAAACUGAAUUGGAAAGAUUAAAACAAGAACAUGAACAAGAAAUUCAAACACUUAUACAAGCUUUGGCUGAUAAAGAACAAUUAUUCUUUCAAGCUAAUCUUGAACUUGAUAAUCUUCGAAAUAAUCAUAUGAUGUUAUUAUUAGAAAAAGAAACACUUGAUAAAAUUGUAGCUGAAUAUCAAUUAAUUAAAGAAGAAAUGAAUAAUAAACUAAUUGAGAAUGAAACAAUCAUAACAAAACUUCGUGAAGAAAUGGAGAAUAUGAGAAGUAUUCAACAACAGAAACAUUUAACAGCGAAAUCUUCUUUAGCUACUGGUCGAAUGCCAAUAAAAGAUAUAUCAACUGAUCGAUCAAGAACUACUAACAAUGUAAUUUCAAAAGAUACAAAUAAUGAAACGAAUCGAUCAAAAUCGAGUAAAAAAGUUUCGAAUGCACGAGGACCACUCUGUUCAACACCAUUUGUUACUACAAAUUUGAAUAAAUCAACAUCAUCAACAUGUUCAUCAAUAUCAACAAAUAAACCACCAUCAUCAAAAGUAAAAAUUAAACCAAAUGUUAUUAUUGAUGAUAAAAAGAAAUUAACACAUAAGCAUACAAAUUUAACAUCAACACAUGUAAAACCGAAAAUAGUUACUAUGAAAUAA